AAGAAAAAGAGAGAGAGCAAUCAAACCAAUAAACAAAUCCACUAAUGAUAACAUGCACUAAAAAGUAAACUAAGAUAAACAUAAAACCGAAAACCAAUCAGACAGAGAAAGCAAACCCCAAGUCUACAGUUGCUCCAAAAGUCCACUGCCUCUAUUUUGGGAGCAUUCAUUGUCUGUUCAGGUAUUCCAGAGAUGCAGGGCUUAUCAAGUUGAUUGGGGGGAUUUAAUCCACUGCUCCUGAGGCUACACAGAGAAAUUUCCCUUUCUCUUUUUUGUUCGCACAGCUCCUGGGGUUCAGCUUUGGUUUUGGCCCCGCCUCUGCGUAUAGGCCACCCUCAGGCGUUCUCUGCCCAGACAGGAGGGGAUUAAAGCAGCGGCUAAUUAGGGUUCUCUUGCUCACUCAAGCCAGGGAAAGAGAGGGGUGUGGUUACGGUAGUCAUAAUUGGAAUAGAGGGAGAGCCUGUGGCAGCAGAGGCCGGCGUGAUGUUGCACCAGCCUGAGGCGCGCCGUGCGUUCUCCCGGGGAAGCUGUCCCUGGAUCACGGGACCCUGGCAGUGUCGGGCUGCACAGGCUCCUGGGAGUGUGUGGGUAGUGACCUGUGCUUGCACACAGGAUUCUGAGUGGCAGUGGUGACAGCAUUAGCGGUUCAUGCCCAUCUCUGGGGUCUGAGCUGAUAGCCGUGCCUGUCUCUGGAGUUCGCUUAGGUGGUGCUCUGCCUUCUGUGGGCACAAGGAGCAGCAAUCCCCUCUCCUCACACACCUGGAAACAAUGCUGUGUUGCCUCUCCAGCAGUUCCAGACUUUUCCCCAGACUCCCUCCUGGCUAGCUGUGGCACACUAGACCCCUUCAGGCUGUAUUCACAUAGCCAACCUCAGUCCUCUCCCUGGCGUCUGACCUCCAAAGCCUGAGCCUCAGCUCCCAGCCCCUACCUGCCCUGGGGGGUGAGCAAACCAAAAAAUUACUAUCUUAUAUGAGUAACGACUUGUCUCAGCAACACUGGUUGAAUAGCCCAUCCUUUUCCCUUUAAUUUGUAAUAUUAAAUCUGAUUUACAUCAGUCUCCUCUCUGUAUUUUAUAGUGUCCAAGCACAAAAAAGUGAAAUGAAGUCUUGAGCAAAAUACCUGGAUAAUACAGAACUAAACUCCACAUCUCCCUUCCCCAGCAAGGAGCUGGCUGAAGCCACAAAGACUUUGCUGGAUAGUCUUGGGAUUGUGGCUCAAGAGCUGUUCAGCAUGAGGAGCUGGAGCGACAUGAGGCAGGAGGUGAUGUUUCUGACCAACGUGAACAGCUCCAGCUCCUCCACCCAGAUCUACCAGGCCGUGUCCCGCAUCGUCUGUGGCCAUCCCGAGGGUGGGGGCCUGAAGAUCAAGUCCCUUAACUGGUAUGAGGACAACAACUACAAAGCCCUCUUUGGAGGCAACGGCACUGAGGACGACGCUGGCACCUUCUAUGACAAUUCUACAACUCCUUAUUGCAAUGAUUUGAUGAAGAAUCUGGAGUCCAGUCCUCUUUCCCGCAUCAUAUGGAAAGCUCUCAAGCCCCUGCUUGUUGGGAAGAUCCUGUAUACACCUGACACUCCAGUCACAAGGCAGGUUAUGGCUGAGGUGAAUAAGACCUUCCAGGAACUGGCUGUGUUUCAUGAUCUGGAAGGCAUGUGGCAAGAGCUCAGCCCCAAGAUCUGGACCUUCAUGGAGAGCAGCCCAGAAAUGGACCUUGUCCGGACGCUAUUGGACAGCAGAGGCAAUGACUACUUUUGGGAACAGCGAUUGGAAGGCUUAGAUUGGACAGCCAGAGAUAUCAUGGCAUUUCUGGCCAAGUACCCAGAGGAAGUGCAGUCCACUAAUGGCUCUGUGUACACCUGGAGAGAAGCCUUCAAUGAGACCAACCAGGGAAUCCGGACCAUCUCUCGCUUCAUGGAGUGUGUGAACCUGAACAAGCUGGAACCAGUGGCAACAGAGGUUCUGCUCAUCAACAAGUCCAUGGAGCUACUGGAUGAGCGGAAGUUCUGGGCUGGGAUCGUGUUCACUGGAAUUGCUCCUGGAAGUGUCGAGCUGCCCCAUCACGUCAAGUACAAGAUCCGAAUGGAUAUUGACAAUGUGGAGAGGACGAAUAAGAUCAAGGAUGGGUACUGGGACCCCGGCCCUCGGGCUGACCCAUUUGAGGAUAUGCGGUACGUCUGGGGGGGCUUCGCGUACUUGCAGGAUGUGGUGGAGCAGGCAAUCAUCAGGGUGCUGACGGGCACAGAGAAGAAAACCGGCAUCUACAUGCAGCAGAUGCCUUACCCCUGUUACGUUGAUGACAUCUUCCUGCGGGUCAUGAGCCGGUCAAUGCCCCUCUUCAUGACGUUGGCCUGGAUUUACUCUGUGGCUGUGAUCAUCAAGGGCAUCGUGUACGAGAAGGAGGCGCGGCUGAAGGAGACCAUGCGCAUCAUGGGCCUGGACAACAGCAUCCUCUGGUUCAGCUGGUUCAUCAGCAGCCUCAUCCCCCUGCUUGUGAGCGCCGGCCUGCUGGUGGUCAUCCUGAAGUUAGGAAACCUGCUGCCCUACAGCGACCCCAGUGUGGUGUUUGUCUUUCUGUCCGUGUUCGCUGUGGUGACCAUCCUGCAGUGCUUUCUGAUCAGCACGCUCUUCUCCAGAGCCAACCUGGCGGCAGCCUGUGGAGGCAUCAUUUACUUCAUGCUGUACCUGCCCUACGUCCUGUGUGUGGCGUGGCAAGACUAUGUGGGCUUCACACUCAAGAUCUUUGCGAGCCUGCUGUCUCCUGUGGCUUUUGGGUUUGGCUGUGAGUACUUCGCCCUUUUUGAGGAGCAGGGCAUUGGGGUGCAAUGGGACAACCUCUUUGAGAGCCCCGUGGAGGAAGACGGCUUCAACCUCACCACCUCGGUCUCCAUGAUGCUGUUUGACACCUUCCUCUACGGGGUGAUGACGUGGUACACCGAGGCUGUGUUUCCAGGCCAAUAUGGAAUCCCCAGGCCCUGGUAUUUCCCUUGUACUAAGUCCUACUGGUUUGGUGAGGAAAGCAAUGAGAAGAGCCACCCUGGUUUCAGCCAGAAGGGAACAUCAGAAAUCUGCAUGGAGGAGGAACCCACCCACCUGAAGCUGGGCGUGUCCAUUCAGAACCUGAUGAAAGUUUACCGAGAUGGCAUGAAGGUGGCAGUUGAUGGCCUGGCCUUGAAUUUCUAUGAGGGCCAGAUCACCUCCUUCCUGGGCCACAAUGGAGCUGGGAAGACCACCACCAUGUCAAUCCUGACGGGGUUGUUCCCUCCCACCUCGGGCACUGCCUACAUCCUGGGGAAAGACAUUCGCUCUGAGAUGAGCACCAUCAGGCAGAACCUAGGGGUCUGUCCCCAGCAUAACGUGCUGUUUGACAUGCUGACUGUUGAAGAGCACAUCUGGUUUUACGCCCGCCUGAAAGGGCUCUCGGAGAAGCACGUGGAAGCAGAGAUGGAGCAGAUGGCCCUGGAUGUUGGUUUGCCGCCAAGCAAACUGAAAAGCAAAACAAGUCAGCUGUCAGGUGGAAUGCAGAGAAAGCUGUCUGUGGCCUUGGCCUUUGUCGGGGGAUCCAAGGUUGUCAUUCUGGAUGAGCCCACAGCCGGCGUAGACCCUUACUCCCGCAGGGGAAUAUGGGAGCUUCUGCUGAAAUAUCGACACGGCCGCACCAUUAUUCUCUCCACACACCACAUGGACGAAGCGGACAUCCUGGGGGACAGGAUUGCCAUCAUUUCCCACGGGAAGCUGUGCUGCGUGGGCUCCUCCCUGUUCCUGAAGAACCAGUUGGGGACAGGUUACUACCUGACCCUGGUCAAGAAAGACGUGGAGUCCUCCCUCAGCUCGUGCAGAAAUAGCAGUAGCACUGUGUCGUACCUGAAGAAGGUGGUGCCUGAGCUUCCCCCAGCUGGGCAGAGUGGAGGCAGAGGAGGAGAGGUGCAGAGGCUGGUGGCGCUGACUCAAGAUGUCUCUGCAAUCUCCAACCUCAUCAGGAAGCAUGUGGCCGAGGCCCGGCUGGUGGAAGACAUUGGGCAUGAGCUGACCUACGUGCUGCCCUAUGAAGCCGCCAAAGAGGGAGCCUUUGUGGAGCUCUUCCAUGAGAUUGAUGACCGGCUCUCAGACCUGGGCAUCUCCAGUUACGGAAUCUCAGAGACUACCCUGGAAGAAAUAUUUCUCAAAGUGGCCGAAGAGAGUGGGGUGGAUGCCGAGACCUCAGAUGGCACCCUACCGGCAAGACGAAACAGACGGGUCUUCGGGGACAAGCAGAGCUGUCUUCGCCCAUUUACUGAAGAUGAUGCUGUUGAUCCAAAUGAUUCCGACAUAGAUCCAGAAUCCAGAGAAACAGACCUGCUCAGCGGGAUGGACGGCAAAGGCUCCUACCAGGUGAAAGGCUGGAAACUCACACAGCAGCAGUUUGGGGCCCUUUUGUGGAAGAGGCUGCUGAUUGCCAGACGGAGUCGGAAGGGAUUCUUUGCUCAGAUUGUCCUGCCGGCUGUGUUUGUCUGCAUCGCGCUGGUGUUCAGCUUGAUCGUGCCACCCUUUGGCAAGUACCCCAGCCUGGAACUUCAGCCCUGGAUGUACAACGAACAGUACACAUUUGUCAGUAAUGACGCUCCUGAGGACGUGAGCACCCAGGAGCUCUUGAGCGCUCUCACCGGAAAGCCUGGCUUCGGGACCCGAUGUAUGGAAGGAAACCCAAUCCCAGACAUGCCCUGCUCGGUGGGGGAGGAGGAGUGGACCACCACCCCAGUCCCCCAGACCAUCACGGACCUCUUCAGAAAUGGGAACUGGACGAUGGAGAACCCCUCCCCCGCCUGCCAGUGUAGCAGCGACAAAAUCAAGAAGAUGCUGCCCGUGUGUCCCCUGGGGGCUGGGGGGCUGCCUCCUCCACAAAGAAAACAGAACACUGCGGACAUCCUUCAGAACCUGACGGGAAGAAACAUUUCGGAUUAUCUGGUGAAGACAUAUGUGCAGAUCAUAGCCAAAAGCUUAAAGAACAAGAUUUGGGUGAAUGAGUUUAGGUAUGGUGGAUUUUCCCUGGGUUCCAGUAAUUCUCAUUCACUUCCUCCGGGUAAAGAAGUUAAUGAUGCCAUCAAGCAAAUGAAGAAACACUUGAAGGUGGCCAAGGACAGUUCUGCAGAUCGAUUUCUCAGCAGCUUGGGAAGGUUCAUGACAGGACUGGACACGAAAAAUAACGUCAAGGUGUGGUUCAACAACAAGGGCUGGCACGCCAUCAGCUCUUUCUUGAAUGUCAUCAACAAUGCCAUUCUCCGGGCCAACCUGCAGAAGGGAGAGAACCCUAGCCAGUAUGGGAUUACUGCCUUCAAUCACCCCCUGAACCUCACCAAGCAGCAGCUCUCGGAAGUGGCUCUGAUGACCACGUCAGUGGACGUCCUCGUGUCCAUCUGUGUCAUCUUUGCGAUGUCCUUCGUCCCAGCCAGCUUUGUCGUGUUCCUGAUCCAGGAGCGGGUCAGCAAAGCAAAGCACCUGCAGUUCAUCAGCGGAGUGAAGCCUGUCAUCUACUGGCUCUCCAAUUUUGUCUGGGACAUGUGCAACUAUGUGGUUCCUGCGACGCUGGUCAUUCUCAUCUUCAUCUGCUUCCAGCAGAAGUCCUAUGUGUCCUCCACCAACCUGCCUGUGCUAGCCCUUCUACUGUUGCUGUACGGGUGGUCCAUCACGCCUCUCAUGUACCCAGCCUCCUUCGUGUUCAAGAUCCCCAGCACAGCCUACGUGGUCCUCACCAGCGUGAACCUCUUCAUCGGCAUCAAUGGUAGCGUGGCCACUUUUGUGCUGGAGCUCUUCACCAACAAUAAGCUGAAUAACAUCAAUGAUAUCCUGAAGUCGGUGUUCUUGAUCUUCCCACAUUUUUGCCUGGGACGGGGGCUCAUUGACAUGGUGAAAAACCAGGCAAUGGCUGAUGCCUUGGAAAGGUUUGGGGAGAAUCGCUUUGUCUCGCCACUGUCUUGGGACUUGGUGGGACGAAACCUCUUCGCCAUGGCUGUGGAAGGGGUGGUGUUCUUCCUCAUCACUGUGUUGAUCCAGUACCGAUUCUUCAUCAGGCCCAGACCUGUAAAGGCAAAGCUUCCUCCUCUGAAUGAUGAGGAUGAAGAUGUGAGGAGGGAGAGACAGAGAAUUCUUGAUGGUGGAGGACAGAAUGACAUCUUGGAAGUCAAGGAGCUGACUAAGGUAUAUAGAAGGAAGAGGAAACCUGCCGUUGACAGGAUUUGCGUUGGCAUUCCUCCUGGUGAGUGCUUUGGACUUCUAGGUGUCAAUGGGGCUGGGAAAUCAUCAACUUUCAAGAUGUUAACGGGAGAUACCACUGUUACCAGAGGAGAUGCUUUUCUUAACAAAAAUAGUAUCUUAUCAAACAUCCACGAAGUACAUCAGAACAUGGGCUACUGCCCUCAGUUCGAUGCCAUCACAGAGCUGCUGACUGGAAGAGAACACGUGGAGUUCUUUGCGCUCUUGAGAGGCGUCCCGGAGAGAGAAGUCGGCAAGGUUGGUGAGUGGGCAAUUCGGAAACUGGGCCUCGUGAAGUACGGAGAAAAAUAUGCUGGGGACUAUAGCGGAGGCAACAAGCGCAAGCUCUCGACGGCCAUGGCUUUGAUUGGCGGGCCUCCCGUGGUGUUUCUGGAUGAACCGACCACAGGCAUGGACCCCAAAGCCCGGCGAUUCUUGUGGAAUUGUGCCUUAAGUAUCAUCAAGGAAGGGAGAUCAGUAGUGCUUACAUCUCAUAGUAUGGAAGAAUGUGAAGCUCUUUGCACUAGGAUGGCAAUUAUGGUCAAUGGACGGUUCAGGUGUCUUGGCAGUGUCCAACAUCUGAAAAAUAGGUUUGGAGACGGUUAUACAAUAGUCGUACGAAUAGCAGGGUCCAGCCCUGACCUGAAGCCUGUCCAGGAGUUCUUUGAACUGUCCUUCCCAGGAAGCGUGCUGAAGGAGAAGCACCGGAACAUGCUGCAGUACCAGCUUCCCUCUUCACUGUCUUCCCUGGCCAGGAUUUUCAGCAUCCUUUCCCAGAGCAAAAAGCGACUCCGCAUAGAAGACUACUCUGUCUCUCAGACAACACUUGACCAAGUAUUUGUAAACUUUGCCAAGGACCAAAGUGAUGAUGACCACUUAAAGGACCUGUCAUUACACAAAAACCAGACAGUAGUGGAUGUUGCAGUCCUCACAUCUUUUCUGCAGGAUGAGAAAGUGAAAGAAAGUUAUGUAUGAAGAAUCCUGUUCAUACAGGGUGGCUAGAAGAAAGGAGGAACUAGACCUUCCUUUGCACUAUGUGAUGUGUUCCAGAGGAAAGAGCUGGAAGAUUUUGUGGGAAGAGGUAAACUGGAUACUGUACUGAUACUAUUCAAUGCAAUGCAGUUCAAUGCAAUGAAAACAAAAUUCCAUUACAAGGGCAGUGCCUUUGUAGCCUAUGUCUUGUAUGGCUCUCGAGUGAGAAAGACUUGAAUUUAGUUUAUUACCUUAUACUUAUGUGAAACUCUAGUAUGGAACCCAGUGGACAUAUGGGUUUGACAUACUUUUUUGUUCCUUUGUAUUCUAACUGGGGUUGCAACAAUAAUUCAUCAAGUAAUCAUGGCCAGUGAUUGUUUAUCCAAAUCAAAAGGCAUCCUCAUUCAUUAAGCCGUGCCAAGCCAGGAGACCGGUUUCCCGGUGACACAGCCAGUGCCAGCAACGAGUGCGCCGGAAUUACUAAUGCCAAGUUGCUCAGAAAGCCUGAAGCACCAUGGUGUGUCAUGCACACUUUUGUGAAAGCUGCUCUACUCAAGAGUCUGUUGACAUCAUCAAAUAUCAGGUGACAAAAUGGUUCCAUGUGUGGGGAAAGUCCUGCUUUGAUUCCCUCUUUGAUGAGCUGCUCUGAUGGUGGUGACAUGCAAAUUGCAACAUGCAAAUUCCAUGGUAACAUGCAAGAGUGAGACUUGGUUUCGUUGUUGUCCUUGCUUGGAACCAUGAAUCUCCAAGGUUAUCUUUCUGGGACUCUUUAAGUAUACUUGGAUCCUGGUUAAGAAGCAAAGAAUCAGCAAGUGCAUUGUUGGGGCCGCAGGCUGCGGAAGCCAGGGCAUGGGAUGAAGGAGAUGAUGCGUUCAAACCAAGGGAGGUCUGUGUCCAUUUGUCCUGAUUGUCUGCUAACACGGUACCGUACAUCUCAAGAUCUUGUUGUUUGAUACAAGCAUAGUAUUAUUUCUGGCUUUUUGGAUUAAUCUAGAAUAUGAAAAGAUGGAGUUGUAUUUUGAGAAAAAUCUUUGUACUUUUAAUGUUAUUUGGAAUUGUAAGUUCUGUCAGUGACUUCUGAAACCUUAGAAUGGCCUCUUUGUAGAACCCUGUGGCACAGAGGAGUAUAGCCACUCUGCCGUGCUAGCUUUAUUUUUUCAUGUAAGUUUGUGAAUGGAUCAUCUAAUGCCUAGUGACUAGAAAACAGUGUGAUGGCCAAGAUCUCAUGACAACAUUGUAUUUAAGUUUCUUUAAGAUCGUUUAGAAUACUUUUAGUAUCAGUGCAUUAAUCAAGUAUUUUUUGAGUGUAUGUUAUAACUGAGUAUGGAUGGAUGCGGUGAGGAGAUAUUAAGUCUCAGUAGAUUUCCUGUGCCAUGUUUGUCAGCUAACUGGUUUACAAAUCCAGGUUUUGUUGUGGUUGUGGGAACCCACUGAAAGAAUAUUGGGCAGCCCACUUUUUGAAAAUAGAAACAAUUGCAAAAGCCAAGAAAGUUUAAAUGUCAUAAGGAUCACAAGACUAUAUAAUGAAUACUUUCACAGAGAAGACAGCUGGCUUCAAAGCUUGUUGAAUAACAUAAAACUGUGCUUAUGGCAUUUAGUACCUUCGAAUAAUUGACUUUGAAAAUCUCAGAUACCCCAUUCUGACAAUCUCAAAUUUUUCAUCUCUUCAAUCACUAACCUAUCAUGAAAAAAAAAAACAAA